ACCAUACUUAUGUACUCUUUAAUGAAUGUCCCGAAAGGAUAUCAUCCAGAACUCAGCUACACUCUCAUCUAGGAAGUGAUGACAGCCACAGACGGCACACAGCUCUUCAGUCUAACUCCGACCUGGGUGGUAUAGAUUCGAUGAGCAUGGCUGGGACUGGGGCAAGCAUGAUUGACAACUCCUCUGGUCAGGCCGACGACCGACUGCGCUUUGAACCCUACGAGUUCGUCUCCCGGCAGCCGGCGUUUGCCGUCCUGCUGCUGGUGGUGGUGGGAGUGGCAGGGGUGGUGGGCACCCUUGGAAACUUCCUCAUCCUCAUCUCCGUGGCCACGCGGAAGGAACUGCGGAACGUGCAGUCUGUCUUCAUUGUCAAUCUGGCCUGCAGCGACCUCUACGUCACCAUGCUGGCUGACCCGCUGAGCAUUGUGGCCAAGACUGUGGGGUGGCGUUGGUUCGACUCUGUCCCCUACCUGUGUCGUGCGGUGGGCAGCCUGUGCACCAUCUCGUGCGUGGGGUCGCUGAUGACGCUGUCCGCCAUGAGCUUUAACCGCUACGUGCUCAUCUGCCGACCCUCCCUGUACCCCCGCCUCUUCACGCUGCGAAACAGCAUCGCCAUGUGCGCCUCCGUCUACACUGUCGGCCUCCUUCUCGUCCUCCUCAACCUGGCGGAUGUGGGUGACCACGCCUUCGACCACAAGAGUCUGGAAUGCAUCUGGGACCGCAUGGCCAACCACAACUACACCAUCGUCUUCGCCAUCGUCCUCGUCUGGAUCCCCAUCGUCAUCAUUGGUCUCUCCUACUUGCACAUCUUCCUGCACGUGCGUGCUUCGCGAAAAAAAUCCUCUCCCGCACCAAGGGAACCAAAAUGAUGUCUUCCGACACAGACAACACAAGAACGGACCAGGGCAAUGAAAUGGCGACUACCGGAGGCUUAGGACCGCGGCACCAAAGGACAGCCGGGUAAGCAACUGAUGCACGUCUUCGGUGCCAGGAAAAGUCCAGCUGAUGGGCUGGAGCAAAUGUAGCUCAGAGUGCCGAAAAACUCAAAGAUCGAGGUCCACCUUUCGUGUCGUUUAAUAUUUCAGAAGCUUGGC